CGAUGCUCACGCAUGCGUGUUCACCGCAGACUGGGCGUUGCUAGUAAACUGAGUUAGGUGAUUGGAUAGGAAAGCGGUAUUAAAUCGAGACGCGAAGAUGCAGGCGCGAAUCGAAGUCGAGAGGGAAUUUUUGCUGUGGAAAGCGAGAAAGGACGACGAAUACAGAGCAGCUCAAAUAGCGAGGAGAAAACUUGUGGAAGAGGAGGAGAGGCGAUUGGAACGAAAGAGAAUUUCUGGUCUGAUUGCCUAUGAAACAUGGAAAUCGUUGCAAGAAAGGAAGCGAGAGGAGCAGCUACAGGAGAGACAUCAGCUGCAAGCUCAGAGAGAAUUAGAGAAUGCUGCGAAGGGUAGAAAACUAGAGCAAGCUCGAUUGGCAUUUAACAAUUGGAAAGAGAGGAAGGAAAGAGAACGUAGGAAGGGUAAAGAAUUAGAGCACAAACGUCCAUCACAAACAAUAUCGACGCCGAGUCUACCCGGAUAUUGCAGUGUGUGGGAAUGUGAUAGUCGACUGGCACACAAGAUGCAUACGGUGUGUCCACGACAAGAGAGGAUCAAGAGUUCGAGACACUUUACCACGACAAUUCCUUAACUUAAAC